GUGUGACGUCAUGUGAAAAGGGUCUCUUAGGAAGCACAAGGGUCGUUCUACGUCCCUUUCCGCACAUUACUUUCACUUUAAUAAUGGUAACUGCGCCGCCAUUAAAGCAAAAGAAUGAAGCUUUUCUUUAAUUUUCUUGUAGUGGUUUCGUUUUUACUCGGCCACGGUAAGAUCUUUUCCGUAGGUCUCUUUUCCGGUGUUGAGGGUCUUCACAGAAAAACUACGCUAAUGCAGUUGAAACGAAAUAAAACUGUAAAGGUCUCGUGACCAGGUGCUUCUGGUGUUGGUUCAGAUGGAGUGUCAGUGAUGGAGGGAGAUUCAGUCACUCUGAACACUGGUGUUCAAACAAAACAUCAAGAAGAUGUUAAAUGGUAUUUUAGCAACACUCGCAUCGCACAGAUCAGUGGAGAUCUCCGUUUUAUCUGUACAGAUGUUCAGUGUAAUGAAGGUAAUGAGAGAUUCAGAGACAGACUGAAGCUGGAUCAUCAGACUGGAUCUCUGACCAUCAUGAACACCAGAAACACUGACUCUGGAGAAUAUCAACUGAAGAUCUACAGCAGCAGUGACAGUGAAAUGAUCUUCAGUGUUACUGUACAUGGUGUUUCUGCUGCUGAACGAGAUGAAGUGAAGAGAAAAUCAGUGAAGGAGGGAGAAUCUGUUAAUUUAGAUCCCGGUGUAAUAAACAACCCAAAUGAUGUGAUGACAUGGUAUUUUAAUGACAUUCUCAUCUCUGAAAUCACUGGAGAUCAGAGUAAGAUCUGUACAGAUGUUCAGUGUGAUGAGAGAUUCAGAGACAGACUGAAGCUGGAUCAUCAGACUGGAUCUCUGACCAUCUUGAACACCUCAAACACAGACUUUGGACUUUAUAAACUACAGAUCAACGUCAACAACAGCAGCUUCAGCAUCACUACAGUGAAGAGAUUCAGUGUCACUGUCACUGCUGUUCCAGAUUCAGGUCUGUCUUCAGGUGCUGCAGCAGGAAUAGUUGUUGUUGUUCUGCUGGUGUUUGCAGCUGCUGCUGUUGCUGUGGUUUACUGUCACCGCAGGAUCCAUACAGCAGUUCAACAGGAUGAGGAUGACUCGUCACCUGAUCCAAAUGGUAUUCCUUUGAAGGAGGACGCAUCCUUAUACCAGCGUCAGGUCCAGACUGCUAGUAAAACAAUCUAACAUCACUUAUCAUUUUGAUACUUUGAUCGAAAUGGACACAAAGGGAAUUAGUAAGUGAUGCAGAGAAGAGGAUCAGCUGAAACACUCUUCAAGAGUGUUUUUCUUACCAGUAAAAAAAACAAACAAUAACAACGUGAAACCAAUUUUAAAUAUGACAUCAAAAACUGAUUUUGACAUUUAGCCUUAAACAGUAUAUGAGAAAUAAUAAGCAACACGGUACCAGCAAUAUAUCAGCGAGUGCUUGAUGUAUUUUAAAGCUGCUAAAGUGACUCAGACAGAAACAGUGACACAUCAUCAUCUCCGUUUCAUAUAUGUUGCACUAUAUAAAUGUAAUACACUGAUCUGGCUUGAAAUAUCAAUCAUUAUAUCCACCUGCUUAUAUCCUCAUAUAGAACUGAUUGUGUUUACACUCAGGGUUCCUACGUGGUUUGGAAAAGUAUGGAAAAGUAUGGAAUUUGAUUUGAGUAAUUUCCAGGUCUGGAAAAGUAUGGAAAAAAGAAAUCAGAGAAUGGAAAAAUAUUUGUGUUUCCAGACUAUUGUCUCUAUUCAGUUUUCUAAUUUAUCAUACCUGCAAACUAGUCACUUUACAGCGAAAUUAGCCCUUUUGAAUCAAAAUACAUAAUUUAUGUGAAUCAUGUAGAUCCGAAGAGGUUUUUUUUGGGGCGAGUGUGUUUGUCUCAGGAUUCUCACAAGAAUUGAAAAUGGUCUACUUUCCCAUAGACUGGAGUGAGUCGCGAUCUUUCUUGGCGCUCUGUGGCGUGAUAGAUCGCUGUAGCGCUCGUGAACUGACAUCUCAUCUGCUUUACUAGUCACAACACAAAAUAAACAUAAAUGAACAUCUGAAGGUAUGUUGAAAGAUACAGUACAACUUACCGAAAUCCAGGAGGUCUGGAAAUUUGAGUAUGGAAAAGUAUGGAAUUUUGAAAUGGAAAAUGUGUAGGAACCUUGUACACUUAUCCUGCACAAGAUGGCCAUUACACUGGGAAAAAAUGUUUUUCUCAGUAUUUUUGUUUUGUUUUUCAUUACAUCAAUAAAUAAAUAAAUAAUUUUGCCAGUGGCGUCAGAAAAAAUGAAUUAAAAAAACAAACAGUUUUCAAACCCAUUUGGCAGACAUUUCCCCUUAUUUUAAUCAUAAACUAAUUUAAUUUUGAGAUUUUUUUUCAAACUUUAACAUCUUUAAUUUUGAUUUUCAAAUUAACAUAUCUUGAAUUAAGAAUGUUACAACAGGAUUGCAAUUAUGGAAAAUAAAAAGGCAGGUAACGUACACACCGGGGUGAUUAUCGCAUGCGCUUAUCACCAGUGUUCAUACCCAAGCGAUUUUCACUGGCAAGUGAACGUGCAAAUUCACUCCCUGACAGUAUAUGGCGCUUGUGCUGAACAGUAGUGCAAAUAAACAUGAUAUUAAUAAAAUUAAAGAAGAUAAAAAUACAGA